AGUUUUAAUAUUCGAUUCGUGAAGCGUGGCUGCCUAGUGGCGACAUGUGGCGCAAGAAGAUCUUCAAGGAGCUCGCUCGAGGUCAGAGACAAGGACUCAGUACAGCCAGUCAGAGUCAGUCGGUGCCAGCUUCAGCGGAUGUGGUUGUAAUCGGCGGCGGUUCGGCAGGAUGUCACACACUGUACCAUCUUGCCAAACGCGGAGUGAGGGCCGUGCUCUUGGAGCGUGCACAACUCACAGCUGGAACCACCUGGCACACUGCCGGCCUGCUGUGGCGUCUUCGUCCCAAUGAUGUGGAUAUUCAAUUGCUGGCCAACUCGCGAAGCAUGCUCCAGCAAUUGGAAAAGGAAACGGAUCUAGAUCCUGGAUGGAUACAAAAUGGUGGUAUUUUCAUUGCCCAUAGCGAAACGCGAUUGGAUGAGUAUCGACGUUUGGCCUCAGCUGGCAAUGCCUUUGGCAUUGAGAGUCAAAUGCUCGAUCCCAAUGAGACGCAGAAAUUGUUUCCGCUGCUCGAUCCCUCAGCAUUUAUGGGCUCACUCUAUUCGCCUGGCGAUGGUGUGAUGGAUCCGGCUAUGCUGUGUGCGGCUCUCAAAAAGGCGGCCACUAAUUUGGGAUCGGUUGUUAUUGAGAACUGUCCGGUUGAUGACCUUUUGAUUGAGCAGACUUCCGGUGCUGCUAAAAAAGUGAUAGGCGUGGUCACGCCGUUUGGCCAAAUCAAGAGUGAUUUUGUGGUUAAUGCCACUGGCGUUUGGGGUCGAGAUCUGGUAGCCAGACAUGGGUCUCAUUUACCUCUGGUGCCCAUGCGCCACGCGUAUAUUGUGUCCGAGUCUAUUCCCGGUGUUCGUGGACUUCCUAAUAUACGGGAUCACGACUAUUCCACAUAUUUCCGGAUUCAAGGUGAUGCCAUUUGCAUGGGCGGCUACGAACCGAAUCCCAUUUUACUUGAACCAGUGCCAAAAGACUUUCAUUUCGGACUCUACGACCUGGAUUGGUCUGUGUUUGAGCAGCAUCUCGAGGGCGCCCAAAAGUUAUGUCCUCCUUUUGGCAAGUAUGGCAUUAAGAGCACCAUAUGCGGACCCGAAUCCUUUACACCUGACCACAAACCUCUAAUGGGACCUGAUCCUUUGCUUCGUGGGCUUUACCACAGUUGUGGCUUUAACUCAGCUGGCAUGAUGUUUGGCGGAGGCUGUGGCGAACAAUUAGCCCUCUGGAUGAUCAAUGGUCAACCAGAUUUGCCCAUGUUUAGUUUCGAUCUUCGCCGAUUCACAGCUGAUCAGGGACGAGCAGUUCAGUGGAUACGUGAAAAGUCGCACGAGAGCUACGUGAAGAACUAUAGCAUGGUUUUUAAACAUGAUCAGCCUCUGGCUGGACGAGAUUUUCAAAAGGAUCCACUUCACGAUGAGAUGUUAGCAAGUAAUGCCUUUAUGGAGGAGAAACAAGGGUGGGAGCGACCAGGUUUUUUCCUACCUUCGAAGGAUGUGAAUGCUUUAGUUCAACCCUAUGACUGGUACGGCAGCUAUGGACACCCUCGUCUCCAAAAUGGCAGAUAUGAGCAGGUCCUGGAAGGCGAUCUCAAGUACAGUCAAUUUCCUGAUAAUCAUGACUUGAUUGGAGAAGAGGCUUUGUCCUGUCGUAAUAAUGCAGUGGUCUUCAAUAUGAGCUAUUUUGCCAAAUUAUUGCUUGAAGGUCCAGAAGCCCAAAAGGCAGCGGAUUGGUUAUUCACAGCUAAUACAAAUCGGCCAACAAACAAGACUAUUUAUUCCUGCGCUCUUAACGAUUCUGGCGGAGUGGAGGCAGAUGUGACCAUAAGUCGCUUGAUUUCAGGAUCAGGCCGUGUCUACGAUCCGAAAUUUGAGGGCCAGGGUUAUUACAUAGUAGCUGGUGGCGCCUCUGCCUUCUACACUUAUAGCAUUCUGGCCGAUGAGAUUUUGCGACAGGGAUUUAAGGCGCAACUGCAUGAUAUUACCUCGGAAAUGGGCGUUAUAUCGAUACAAGGGCGCAAUAGCAGACGUAUCCUACAGCCUUUGAUUGAUUUCGAACUUACGGAUGCAGAGUUGCCUCCCAAUGGCACGCGUCUCGCUGUGGUAAAUGGCGUUGGACUGCGUAUCCUGCGGGUCAGUUUUGUGGGUGAACUUGGCUAUGAACUGCAUGUGCCCAAGGAUGAUUGUGUUAAUGUCUAUCGUGCUGUGAUGUCGGCUGGCAAGGGAUACGAUCUACGAAACGCUGGCUAUCGAUCGUUGUAUGCUCUAAGCAGUGAAAAGGGAUAUCAUUUGUGGAGCUACGACCUGCGUCCAGAUGACACUCCUCUGGAGGCCGGCUUGGGCUUCACUUGCCGUAAAUCUGGCAAUGAUUAUAGGGGUAAAACGGCAGUGGAUAAGCAACGUCUCGAGGGCAUACGCAGGCGUUUAGUUUACUUUACACUCCACGAUCAAGUGCCCAUUUGGGGUCUGGAGGGUGUCUAUCGAAAUGGCGUACCUGUGGGUUUUCUCCGCCGGGCUGAGUUUGCCUAUUCGUUGGCCAAAUCUCUGGGUCAGGCUUACAUUUCACGGCCAGACGAUGCAAUUAUUGACGCUGACUACGUGAAGCAGGGUGAAUAUGAAAUUGAUAUUCGGGGAAAGCGCUACCGGGCCGAUUGUCAUCUGCGGAGCCCAUUCGAUAUCGAUGGGCAGCGUGUUCUUGGUAAUUAUACGUAAUGCACAGAUAA